AUGCCCCCGCUCGUCCAGGACGAGGAAGGCGGCGUCUUCUGCCCCCAACACAAGAGAAGGUGCAAACAGCUCACUAGCAAGUCCUCUGCAAACCCCGGCAGGCAUUUCUACAAUUGUCCUCUUCCGCGGGACGAUCCCGGGCGCUGCAAAUUCUUUGCUUGGGCAGAUGAACUCCCCCCUCCCUCUCCUCAGAAGGCUCCCCAAGCCAACCUUGCCCCACAGACACCGUCCCGCUUUAGUACAAGCGGGGGACAAGUGCUCGGGCGAGCGCCAACCUCGGCUGCCGCUGUCGCCCUAAACACGCCCAAGUCCUUGAGCAGAAAAGACAGGGGCAGAAGUGAAUCUGAUGAUGGUGAUGAUCUCGAUUGGGACGGUGUAGACCUCGACAAGAUGGAGAAGGAUGCUAUCGCGAGCAGUCAGCAGAGCUCGGCGAGGAAGAUGAGCAGCCAGGAGAGUAUCACUUCGACACCCACUGUUGGGUUCAACGACAGGUUGAACGAUGCCAUUUCGGGAGCCAAGCGAAGCAGGGAUGAUGAUGAGGCCACAUCUCCCAGGCCCGCAAAGAGACCCAUCCCUGAACAGAACCCAUUCCUGACCGGCUCUUCCCCGGCCCACCCCUCCCUCAUGCCGACCAUUGCUACUCUCCAGCACGUUAGCGAUGACCUGUACCGCCGGGAUCGUAAGGAGGCUGCGACUGAACAAAUGAAAGAGUCUAUGCGAAAGAAGAUCAGAUCUCUCGAGGAAAAGAACCAGACGUUGGAAGAGAGGAAUCGAGUGCUGGAGGCGAGAGUCAGGCAACUUGAGGCUAUGCGAUGA